CUGCUUUUAAUGAUAAAAUCACACUCAUUGAUUGAUGGUGUGUGUGUGUUUGCUGGAGUCUGAUUUCUCCUCUUUAAAGUCACAUGACUUCAGGAAGUUUUCAGCUGUUGUACUAAAAUUAACCCUUCAGGUGAUUGGCUGGAAGACUGACACACACAGCCAUCUAGGGUGUGUGUGUGUCACUCAGAACAGCAGUCAAAGGACCACAGGGCAGCAGCAGAUGGCGCUCUCUCAGAUUACCCCCACCCUGUUUCUCAGUGGGGCCGACGCCCCUCUCAAUGCAGCACUGGUGUCGAAGAAAGGCAUCACACUGAUUGUCAAUGCCACACUGAGCCACGCCUGCCCCGCCUACCCAGGGGUGGAGUGCCUGCGGGUCCCUGUGUCCGACCUGCCGAGCGCCCACCUCGGGGAUUACUUUGAUUGGGUGGCUAAGCGUAUCCAUGGUAACUGUGGCGGCGGGACGCUGGUGCACUGUGCCGCCGGGAUGAGCCGCUCUCCAGCGCUGGUGAUGGCGUACCUGAUGCGCUACAGGGGCGUGACACUGCAGCAGGCGCACCACUGGGUGCAGGAGAGCCGGCCCUGCGUCCGGCUGAACGCUGGCUUUUGGGAGCAGCUGCUGCAGUAUGAGAAGAGGCUGUACGGGAGGAACACCGUCAGGGUGGCCCCAGAGCCGCCACCCAGGACACCGCAGCUGGCCAGGCCUCAGCAGCAGAGGGGCCCGUUAACACUGGUGCCCAGGUCACCGCUGAUGUCCCGUGCUCAGGCGACAUCAUCAGCAAGCCAAUCCAGGAGGGGAUCCAAAACCAUCAAAGUCUGAAACUCAAACACCUGGAUCCUCAGAGUGAUCCCUGCACACACCCUGGUCCCUGAACACAGCUGCCUCCCUUCACAACCCGGAUCCCUGCACACACCUGGAUCCCUGAACACACCCGGAUCCCUACACACACCCGGAUCCCUGAACACACCCGGAUCCCUGCACACACCUGCACACACCUGGAUCCCUGAACACACCUGGAUCCCUGCACGCAUCUGGAUCCCUGAACACACCCGGAUCCCUGCACACACCCGGAUCCCUGCACACACCCGGAUCCCUGCACACACCUGUCUCCCUGAACGCAUCCGGAUCCCUGAACACACCUGGAUCCCCGCAUACACCUGAAGCAGGUCUCUGAGCAUGCUCAGUUCUUUUCAGUUUUUCCCGGCCCAUUCCCUCUUCAUGUUUACAUUUUGGCCCCGGGCCAUGUGUCAGCUUGGUCCGGCCCUGCUGAGCCCACCUCAGCACCACCAGCAUUAACUAUGUGUUGUUCUUGCUUUGAGUCUAAUGAUGAUUCUGUUCAAAUGUAAAAGUACGAAAUAAAUGUAAUAAAAA